UUCCUGUUCUUUGCGGUAAUGUUGUAAACAUCGACACAAAUUCAAGAUUACGACCUAUUUUAUUGAGUAACACGGAAUUGACAAAGCACUAUUAGCCAAGGACAAACAUACGGCAAAAUGCCAAUCUUAUUUGCAGUUGUUGCCAGAGGCACAACUGUCCUAGCUAAAUAUGCCAGCUGUGCAGGCAAUUUCACAGAGGUCACCGAGCAAAUUAUGUCAAAAAUAGCACCAGAGAAUUCGAAGCUGACUUAUUCUCAUGGAAGUUACCUGUUUCAUUACGUUUGUGAUGACAGAAUUGUGUACUUGUGUAUAACAGAUGAUGACUUUGAGCGGUCGAAGGCGUUUUUAUUCCUGAAUGAAAUAAAAAGAAGAUUCCAGGCCCAGUAUGGUGUGCGGGCACAGACUGCUCUCCCUUAUGCCAUGAAUAGCGAGUUUUCCCGCGUCAUGGCUUCACAAAUGAAAUUUGUAACCGAAAACCAAGAGCCAGACCAGGUAGAGAAGGUUCAAGGUCAAGUAGACGAACUCAAGGGCAUCAUGGUCAGAAAUAUUGAUCAAAUUGCCGACAGAGGGGAGAGACUAGAGUUGUUGGUGGACAAAACAGAUGAACUUAGUGCUAAUGCGGUCACCUUUAAGAAAAGCAGUAGAACCCUUGCUCGAUCAAUGUGGUUUAAAAAUAUGAAGAUUACAAUAAUUAUUGCUGUGAUUGUCAUUGUGAUCUUGUACUUCAUUAUUUCUGCUGCGUGUGGAGGACUAGAUUGGCCGUGUACUCGCAAUUAAACUUCCCAUUGUACUCACCAUACUAAAUUCAACCAACCAUACAUAACCUUUGUCUUUCAUAUUUAUCUCCCUUGUAUCAUCCACAAUAUCUACCAUGUCUGUCGUCAGACAACAAAAAUCUGAUGUGUCUCUCUAUGGGGAUAUUUGAGAGAGGAGUGUAAUACUGUGCCCAACAUGGAACUUUUCUGUGACAUGAUUUCCAUACAUUUUUGUGAGACACUCCAUGUGAUAAGGUACAUAAAAUUGUAAUUCAGAUACCGUAUAGCAUGUACGUGUAUCAAAGAAAGGUCACUGAUUCAGGUCUUUCCAGUAAAAAGAUGUCAUUGAUUGAGAUCUUUCAGGUAAAGAGUUGUCAGUGAUACAGAUCUUUCCUUCAUAGAAUUGUCAGUGAUACAGAUCUUUCCAGGAAAGAGAAAUCACUAAUUCAUGUCUUUCCAGUUAAAAGAUGUCAUUGAUUGAGAUCUUUCAGGUGGAGAGUUGUCAUUGAUACAGGUCUUUUUUUGUAAAGAAUUGUUGGUGAUACCGAUCUUUCCGGGAAAGACAGGUCACUAAUUCAAAUCUUUCCAGUAAAAAGAUGUCUGUGAUACAGAUUUUUCUUGCUGUGAGAGGUUAGAAAUUUGUAUCUUUCCUGAAAAGGGGGAUUAAAGGAAAGAAGCUUACUUGUAAAGACAGAUCAAUGAUUGGAACCUUUUCUUUUUUGACAUAGAGAUCAUUGUUGCUAAUGUACAUUUGAUUUACCUAUGAUAAAGAUGUUAAGAUCCUCUGUUUAGGGAGUUAAAACAUUCAAAUCUUUCCUGUAAAGUUCUCUAAAUUAAGUGAUAGAGAUCUUUUCUUACUGGUGAGGUUAUUUUUUCCGUGUGAUGGUAAUACGGUUCUUAAAGUUACAUUCAAAUCAUAAGCAUGCUUUAGAGUUGCUACUAAAUGUUUGUCUAACAGCUGAUAUACAUUGAAAUUGAAUGAUUUAAUCAUAAUAAUGUUAUAACAUAGUUGAAUGAUGAAAGGUGAGUACAUGUACAAGCAGAAUGACUGUCAAGUGUGCUGUAAUCAAGUAGAAUAGGUUUUGGAACUCUCAUUUAAUUUUAUGUAGAUUUAAAUACCAUUUCACCUCAACAAUUAUUUCCCAGGAAAUUGAAAUAAACUACAGCUGCUUCAAUGUCUCUCAUGGAGACUGUCUGUAAUGUGUUAAUUAUCAGCUUUCUGUGAUCAAUAUUUUUGAAAGUCAUCAAUGUACCAAAGGAGAUAACCAUCUUUAGCAAUCCCUGUAAAUCUUUAGAUGUUUGUCAACAAAGUACACUUGUUUAAAACUCAUCAGUGUAGUAAGUCAAUAAAUAUUUUCUAUAAUAUUAUUUUCUUUAUUAAAUACACUAUAUAAUAUCAUUGGUUCUUUACAAAUUAUGAUUACUGUUUGAAUUUCAAGAAUAAUUCCAAAAUUCCAACAAUUCCAAAAACACAGUUGGUACAUGUAAUACACAAAGAUAUUUAUAUCUAAUCAUAUUUCAAGGCCAUUUCUGUCAUCAUUUUUAAAAUUUAAACUUGAUUUUGCGGUUUAACAGUACUUUCACAUAUUUGCUGUAAUAUUGUUUCUUUCUCACUGAAUCAGUGACAGGCCAGUCUGUCUACUUUUAGUCAAGCCCAUGCCUUCUUUUUAUGAAUCUUUUGCAUUUUGUAAUCAAUAGUAGAAGUUAGAUAUACUCAUGGAAAAUUCCUCAACUUUCAUUUCUCUUUACUUUGAUUUAUGUAAAUAUGAGUGUUUUUCAGAAUGGGAUUUAGAUUAGAUUAUUUUUGCUAAAGUCUAAUUUAUCUACAGGUAUAUGUAUCCAUACUGUUGGUUUUUUUUGUGUUUUUUUGUAAAGUUAUCUCCCUUACUUUUUUAAUCUUCUCACUUCGACAGUAGUGCAUUCUUUACAAUUUAUCAAUCAAUACUAUUAAACAAAACAAAUUUUUUUUUGUUGUUAUGUAAAAUGAUCAAUAUAAAACUGUUUGUCUUUAUUAAAAUGACCUUUGACCUUGUGACAUCCUGAAUUUGACAUUAAAGGCCUUCAAUGUAUAUCCUGAAAAUGGUUACAGAAAAAGAAGGAUUGAACGAAAAACAAUAAGGUAGUAAAACAAAUGAAUUUGUAUGUGAAUUGUACUUCAGUUUAUGUUUAACGUAUGACAUAAUUUCUUUUUCAAUAUUAUACAUUGACACGAUUGCAUGUACUUAUGUUAACAUAAUUGAUAGAUUUUUGUGCAUAGAUCCAUAUUGAAUUAAAACAUUUGGAUCAGAAAUGAAUGAACAUUUUUGCAACACGUUGUACACUUCUUUUAGAUUAACUGAAAUAUAAUUGAAAUUUGAAAUAAUAUUGUUAUAAAUUCAUAAUCAUUUGGGUGAUACAUGUUUGGAUUUCAAUACCAUAUUUGUAUUUUUUGUGAAUUUCAGUCAAAGUGUAUUAUAUUUAACCGGACACACACAUACAUAUAUUUUAAUAAUUACUCUUGUGGUGUGUUAUUUUGUUAUUGGAAUUGAGUUUUUGUUUACAUGUAUGUUUGCUGGUUGUUUGUUUGUACAAGGAAACAUAACCCCAGCUGCUAGAGGAGCUGAAAUAUGAAUCUUUGAUCAUCAAUUGCAUAAUUUUCAUAGAUUGUUGAAAAAUACACAAAUACUACCUUUUUAAUACCAAUUUUGAAUUAUACUUGUAGAUACAGUAGAAACAAAUAAUAUUCCUCAAACUGAAUCAUACUUUGUACAGCUAUGUAAUCCUUCUAGGACUCAUCAUUGAUUCUACAGGCUUAAAUGACUGAAAAAAUGUACAUGUAUAUUUUAGUUGAUAUUUCACUUCUAUUUCACAUGACAGUACAUGUCACUCCUGGGUGUUGUAUGCAUAGUUCAUCAUAUUUUUCAGCCUUUGGCAUAUUGUGAUUAGUUUAUUCAGCAUGUUAUCAAACUAGAGAAUGCCAGUAACUGGGUAAUGAUAUGAAUAUAAAUGAUGACUUGUUCCUACAUAUACACAAGGAUGAACCUGAUGUAUAUAAAUAGCAUUGCCCUCAGCAUUCAUAGUUUACAUGUAACAUUUGUCACCCUGAUAAAAUACUAACAGACCACUACUAGUUCUAAAAAGUAAUAAGCAAUACACAAGAAAAAUAAAUUAUUAAAUUGAUGAUAAGUCAUUUUGAACAUAGACAUAAAGCUAUGAGAAUAUUUGUAAGGGAGAUAACUCCUCAAAAAUCACAGAUAUAGCAAGUUAGACAGCAUAUACCCUUUAGCAGAAGAUGAUCAUUUUGUGAGGUGCAACUUUAAAAGCUGUACAGAUGAGGUUUUUCCAAAUUAUGCCAAACUUUGAUGAAAUGUGAAAUGGCGAAUGUAGAUAUCAUUCAUAUUCCCUUUAAUAUAAGUCCACAUAUAUUACACACAUUUAUGUACAUUGUAUAUAUGUAAUGAAGAGAAACCUGAGCAUUGUGAAAAGGUUUUCACUUUAUUUGUUAUGAAAGUGCUAUGAUUAUAUAAAACUCUGUUUUUCAACAA